AGUAGGAUUUGACUUUAUGGAGGGGGCUUAUAUCAGUGAAGUGAAAUUAGUGAAACUUCUGCAGCACAUAAAAAAUGCAUGUUUUCUUCAAGUCUAAGGUCACCAAACACUUGAAGUCCCUGAAAUCAAAAAUUCCCAGAUUGUGCAUGUUCCCAAUUGGGGGAUGUUUUGAUGGGUGCAGAGACCACACUCAGCAAUCCUCAGGGUUUGGCACAAGGAUUUGGAACCUGACUGACAAGCCUGUGGAGCUUCAGAUAAGAGUUGGGUCCAUAUUGAAGAAGGUUCACACUUUGAAACCCGGCUCUUCAAAGAGACUGAAAUGCAAGAGCAUAUACAAAGCUUAUAUGCCUGGGGAGAAUGGCAAGGCAGGUAUGAAGAGCUUGCUAUAUUACUAUGAUGAGACCUGUCACCCUUAUGUUUGGAUUCAUGAGACUGGUGGGGAUAGCAUGAGGAUGGUUAAGCAGCAAUAUAUCAGUCUUGAGGAUUUAAGGGAUUGUUGUGAGAUCAGAAUCUUUAGGGAUCAUCAACGAGGCUGCUUAUCGGUCCGGAAAAAACCCAGGCCAGACUUUUAUACAGAGAAUGGAGUUACUGCAGCAGUUGGAUGUGGUUUUCUUUAUGUGAUAUUUGAUCAUCAAGAAGAAAAGGAAUGCAAAAUGACCCUUGUAAUUUUUGCAGAAGCUUUUAGUAAAUUGCCAAUGACUUUGUUUCUUGUUGAAUUCAAGGGCAAAUCUGGUAUGCUACGUGCUGAGCAGUUUCCAAAGCAGCGCGCGUUUAAUCGUCGCCAAAAACGCCGUGACGACUCUUCGACCAACUUAACGCGAUCUUUGCUUUUCUUUUCUUCUCUUCCUCUACAGUCUUCUUUCUUCUUCUUCUUCUUCUUCACAUUCGUCUCCUUUUCUACAGUGGGACUUCGUCUCCGAUUCUCCACCCCCAUUUAUUUUUUUUCUCUUCCUCUCGCUUCUCACACCUCUCUCCCCAAAACCCAAAAAAUGGGGAUUUCUUUCAGCAGCAACCGAAGACGUAACAACUACUACCAACACCCGCCACCGCCUCAGCCCCUCUACCUCUCCAAUCCUCACUACUACCCCUCCGACCCACCUUCUUUCUCUCCGCCGCCGCCGCCGCCUCCUCCGCCGCCGGUGACUUCUUUCUCUUCCUCCUCCUCCCCCUCCUCUUCUUCUUCCGCCACCUACCCAGAACCCAAUUCCGCCACCCCUUACGCAGCGCCUCCGCCGCCGCCGCCCAGGGCUCCAUACCAGGGCUACCCUCUUCCGCCGCCGCCGCCGCAGUCGCAUUACUGCUAUGGUCAGUACAAUUCUUGCAACCACGCGAAUCCGAUGAUGGGUCGGUUCAGUUACAACCACAAUUACCAGCCUUACUAUGGUAAUCAGGCGAGUGGGUGGCCGGCGAUGCGGCCUCCGGUGGCCCCCCUGUAUCCUCCGCCGCCGUACGUGGAGCACCAGAGUGCCAAGAAGGUGAAGAAUGACGUCAACGUGCGUAAGGACACGUUGAGGCUGGAGAUUGAUGAGCAGAACCCUGAUCAGCAUUUGGUCUCGUUCGUUUUCGAUGCCUUGUAUGAUGGGAGCAUUACUAUUCUCUACUUUGCCAAGGAAGAGGCAGAUUGUACAUUUGUUCCACUAUUUCCUGAAGCAUUUACGCCGGUGCAAGUCCCUUUUCAGAAAGGAGUAGGCCAGAAAUUUUGUCAGCCCUCAGGAACAGGCAUCGAUUUAGGCUUCUUUGAGUUGGAUGAUCUGUCAAAACCCUCACCUGGAGAAGAUGUAUUCCCACUUGUAAUAUCUGCGGAAACACGUACGCCGCCUGAUUCAAUCGACCAUAUUGGUGAGCCUGUCCAAGAUGCAUCUCCUCGUAUGCAGAUCACUCAAGCUGUGCUAGAAAAGAAUAAUGGCGACCCCUUCCAAGUGAAAGUAAUUAAGCAGAUACUGUGGAUUGAUGAAGUUCGCUAUGAACUACGUGAGAUAUAUGGAAUUGCAACCUCAGCAGUGGAAGGCUUUGAUGACAAUGACCCUGGGAAGGAGUGUGUAAUAUGCAUGACCGAACCGAAGGACACUGCUGUAUUACCUUGUCGACAUAUGUGUAUGUGCAGUGACUGUGCAAAAGAAUUGAGGAUUCAAUCCAAUAAAUGCCCCAUUUGCCGACAACCCAUUGAAGAACUUAUAGAGAUAAAGAUGAAUAAAAGUCAGCAAUGAACUUGUUUUCUCCAUUAUGUGGAUGUUGUGGUAUGAAUAUCAAAUAUAUUUUCUUUAUUGAUGGGCAGCUGUUGUGUAAAUGCAUUCUUUUUCUUUUGUAUAUUGUAAGUGAUCUCUUGCUCUUCUGAUU